CAGGUCACGUGACGCGAUCUGCCUGCUCACUGUGAGUGCCAGUAAGCUGAGUGAUCACUUAGAGAGCUGCAGAAUGCCUUCCUCUUGGCUUCCCGCCGUUGGAUUCACCCUCCUGCCUCACGUGGGAGGAAUAUUGGGGGGACUGAUAACCAGAAGAGAAGUACGGACGUGGUACACCACACUAGUGAAACCAUCGUGGCGCCCCCCAAACUGGAUGUUUGCACCCGUCUGGACCACUCUGUAUACCUCCAUUGGGUACGGAUCGUAUCUUAUCUAUAAAGAACUCGGGGGGUUCACUGAAGAUGCUGUGGUUCCUCUCGGACUCUACGCAGGCCAGCUUGCGCUCAACUGGGCCUGGACCCCCAUCUUCUUUGGUGCCCACAAAAUAGGCUGGAGCUUGGCUGUGCUGAUUGUCCUCACCGAGGCUGCUACCGCCACUGCGAUAUCCUGGUACCCAAUCAACAAGACCGCAGCCUAUCUGAUGGUGCCUUACCUGGGGUGGCUGAUGCUCGCCUCCACCCUAAACUACUGCAUCUGGAGAGAUAACAAGGACAAGUCCGAAUAAGGAAGAAUGCUAUUUCAUGCUGCAAUAAGGAUAACCAGCAAUUUUAUACACAAAAUCUAUUUAUAUUGAUGUUAAAAUGUUAACCCUUUAAGCGGCAGGCAUAUGACCAAAUGCAUAAUAUGCCAAGUGUCGAUAAACCGUUUUUUAUUUACAAAUACCUAAUUUGGUGUGAUUUGUAUGCUCACAAUGUGUCUGAUAUUUUAAUCCAGCAGUUAAACUAAGCAGAAACAUUUGUGUCAUUAAGAAAAGUUAAAAUAAAUGGUAA